AUCGCAGCUGAGUUCUGGCUCAACUUCUGAACAGCUAGGUACUCCUUGUACAAGGCUCUCUGAUCCAGGCACAGGCUGCUAGAAAGCCCCGCAUCGCGGGGUACUAAUGGCCACGGACAAAAGGUAAUAAGACGUGAUCCUGCUCAACCUGCAGUCCGGAACUCGCGAUCAGUUUCUCACAUUUCUUCCAUUGUCAUCCUCUGCUUCAAGCCGGCCCAAUCGUCCAGACGAGCUGCCUCGCACAAGAUCGAGAGAAACCUAAGACGAAGCACACACAUCAUGGCGUCCCAAGCUCUCCGGGACAAACAGGCUCCCAUAAAAGCAAGCUACAAGACCGACCCCGACUCCGCCAUCAUCACGCUCAACGCCUCCGGCUCGCUCGACGCCAGCACCAUCACUUGCAAACUCGACACGGGGAAGCAAGCCGCCGCAGCCGAAGCCAAAAUCGCGGGUCUCCAUCAAAAGUCGGGCGGCGAAGGCUACGAAAUCUCUGGCGAGCUAUGCAGCGGUGACAUGCUGCUGGAAGCCCUCGUGGCCUGCGCAGGUGUGACGCUCAAAGCCGUGGCCACGGCGAUGGACAUUCCGAUCAAGUCGGGCACCGUUCGGGCUGAAGGAGACUUGGACUUCAAGGGCACAAUGGGCGUGGACCGCGAUGCACCGGUGGGAUUCAAGGAUAUCCGAUUGAGCUUUGAUCUGAAGUUUCAGGAUGGCGAGCUGGUCCCUGACGAGAAGGUGGAAAAGCUGGGCAAGUUGACGGAGAGAUACUGUGUGGUGCUGCAAACCAUUUCUAAGAAGCCCAACAUGAGCGUCUCCUUGCACGGUUCGCAGAAAGAUCCUGAGGAUGCUUCUAUCGAGAGGGCAACGGCUUGGGGCCACAAGGGAUGA